UUUGAAGUGCAAAAUUACAUUUUUCAUAGUAUGUGCCAUGAGACAAAAUAAGGACGUCUUUGCGAAACAGUGACGACAACGGAAGUGACAUAACGGGAAUGUUUUUUGAUUAGGUGGGGGGAACGAAGUACAUAUAGAAAAUAUGGGAAGUAUCUGGAUUUGUUUCAGCGUUAUGCGUUAGCACGUAUGUAGGUUACUUCCACCUUGGCUAUAAGGGUCUUUAUGGCGGCUUCGGCACGUACCCGUGGCUUGUUAAUGCUCUAAAGCGUAAGGCGUAGCGGACGCGCGAUUCCGCGUAGUGCGUUUUGCUUGGCGACUGUUUUAUCAGGACAUCUGUCCCAAACUGGAACUUUAUAUGUGAAAGUGGACACCCGUCGUCCUUCUAAAGAUGUGCACCCCUUGCUGUUUGUCUCAGGUGAGUGGCAUACAUGCCCGCAUGUUAAGGUUAGUCGUUAAACGGAGGAUCAGGUCGAAGGGAAACCAGCGUGGUAGCUUCCUCUAGUUUGUCGUCGCUGUCAUUUUUUAAAAACCCAGUUUAACAAACUAUUUUAAGUGUUUGAGCGUGUAGUCAUUGUCAUUACAAAGAAAAGUGAGAAUAUUGUACAUAUUACGAAUGUAUAACGACCAGUCGCUUCAAAAGUUGUUUCUCCUUUGUUCAUAUGAAAGGAAAAUCGACUUGUUCAGUUGUUAGCAAAUAAGAUAUCAUUGUUCGUUAUUAUUGCAGUUUGUCAUUUACUGAACAACGCUGUCUUUUAGAAACUGUAAACGCUAAAUUAUUUUCUUUAGUGAUAUUUUUUAAUCUACGCGUACACGUAUGGUUCAGUUAUACUGGGGUGUCUGGGUACAGCGGCACCAUUACAUCAUUUAUUCCAAUACAGUCCAAUACAGUGUUCAUUGCUAUAUUGUUCUGCACUAUUUCUGAGAGCUUCAUUUUUGUUCUUCUUCGUCAACAGACAUACAUGUCGGGUUUUUUUCCUUCUUUCAUUGUUUACUGCUUACAGGAAACACCGCUAUUGUUUAAACGCAUUCAAACUUACGUAUUUAGUAAUAGAUUAAACGCAAUUAGGGAACAUUUUAGAGAACAUUCUCGGUUAAUCGGGGUAAAAAGAACAACAAAAGAUUUGUCAACAUAGUGUCGUGCACAUUCUCAGUGUGCUAAUUUCUGCUUUGAGUGGCCCACGUUUUCUUGUAACCCUCUUUUGUGUGCUGCGUGGUCCGGGGGUGCUCUUUUCAUUUUCUAGUUGGAUCCAUGAGGCUGCUUGUUUGCAUAAGAUUAGCACUGGAAAACAGAGCCGACCGCCUGUGUUGUAGCGGCGGCAGGGCUGUCUCAUUAGCGCUAAGCCUGUCAAGAGCCUCUGGCCCCACAGCCCUUGGUGAAUGUUUGAGUGAGGUCAGUGUGACUUUCUUAAAGUGCUAAAAACCUCACGAAUCACGGAUGUUUCCCGUCCAGGCACCUAGUUAGAGAAAUCCAGUGAUGACAUGCGCAAUAUGGUGUCCGCACGACUGCAUUCUUGCAAAAGUCUGGAUCAGCAUAACCUUUCCUUGUUGUCUUGAUGCUGUUCGUUUAAGGUUUUAUCUUCCUUUGAGUGUGAGCAGUCUAACUGGCUCGUCUCCCUCAUCUGUCUGCACUUGAGCCAAUCUGUGCCCAAGGCAGCUGGACUGCAUGAUGAUUCAGUGAUUAUAACCUGUUUAUAAAUGAGAGGUGUCUUGGACAAGUGGAACUCGAAUCUAUUGGAAAUGUAAGUCUUUGUUUUUGUUCUAAAAAUGGGAAUUUCAGAUAUUUUUGUAUAUAAUUGUAGUCUUCGUGAUCUAGGAAUUAACAUGGUCCUGUUCAUUGAGCAACAUUCCUGUGGUUUCAGGCCACUGCUGAUCUGUGUUGUGACUAGGAAGGUGUGAUGAAAUUCCAUGAAAUCCGUUUGCAUAUCUUGUUGGCAUGCUCUCUUUCUAACGUGUGUAUGUGUGAUUUAACCAGAGUGUAAGACUUUGCCUUCUACUUUUAUGCCUUGUAGUAGCAGCAGCAGUACAACUGUUUGAAGUAGAGCACUGAUGAUAGGUUGGCCUGUUGCUGUGGCUCGGAUGCCUGCUCACUGUGCUGUGGCUGCUGCCCCAAGAUCAGGCAGUCCACAGGGACACGCUUCAUGUACGCUCUCUACUUCAUGCUGGUCACCGUCACCUGUGUCGUCAUGAUGUCGCCCACCGUGGAGAUGGAAAUGCGUGAUCACAUUCCAUUCUACUCACAGAUGUGCAAAAAGCUGAAUGCUGGAGAGAACUGCAGUGAUCUGGUGGGCUACUCUGCUGUGUACAAAGUUUGUUUUGGCAUGGCCUGUUUCUUCUUCUUCUUCGCCGUGUUCACUGUCCGAAUACGGACCAGCACGGGUUGCCGGGCAGCCGUCCACAAUGGAUUCUGGUUCUUGAAGUUUGUGGUUUUGCUGGCUUGCUGUGCAGGAGGUUUCUUUCUACCAGACGAAAAGAAUUUUCUGGAAGUGUGGCGCUACGUGGGUGCUAUCGGCGGAUUCCUCUUCCUCCUCAUUCAGCUUAUGCUCCUUGUCCAGUUCGCUCACAGGUGGAACCAGAACUGGACGUCUGGUGUGGAGCAUAACAAGCUGUGGUAUGCGGCAUUGGCCCUGGUGACACUGGUGCUCUUCUCUGUGGCUGUGGGGGCCAUGGUCUUCAUGGCCAUGUUCUACACGCACGCAGAGGCCUGCUUCCUCAACAAGAUCUUCCUGGGCAUGAACUCGGGCCUGUGCGUCGUCAUCUCCAUGCUUGCAAUCUCGCCCUGCAUCCAGACAUUCCAGCCCACCUCGGGGCUGCUCCAGCCUGCCAUCAUCAGUGUCUACGCCAUGUACCUCACCUUCUCCGCCUUUGCCAGCAAGCCCAUUGAAAUGGUGCCGCAAGAUGGAGUGAACGUUACCGUUUGCGUCUUCCCUUUCAACUCGGGAUCGGAGAGUGACAACAAGAUCGUAACGGGCAUGGGGACAGCCAUUCUGUUCGGCUGCGUGCUUUACUCCUGUUUGACUUCUACCACCAAGAGGAGUUCAGCAGCUUUGCGAGUGUACAGAAAUUCUAUGCAAGAAAAUGAGAGAGCACGCUGCUGUUUUUGUUGCAGUGAUGAUGCAGAUGACUAUGAUGACGAGGAGAACACAGCAGGAGGGCAGAACGUUAUUUAUGACGAGAGAGAUGGCACGGUCUACAGCUAUGCCUACUUCCACUUUGUCUUCUUCCUCGGCUCCCUUUAUGUUAUGAUGACUGUCACAAACUGGUUCCAUUACGACAACGCUAAGAUCGAGCGACUGCUGGAAGGCAGCUGGUCAGUGUUCUGGAUAAAGAUGGCGUCCUGCUGGGUGUGUCUGUUUCUUUACAUGUGGACCCUGGUUGCUCCUAUGCUCUUCCCAAAGAGGUUUGAAGCAUAAAAAAAACUAAACAAAAACAAGGCCAAAUACAAACUUCCUCCACUGUUCUCCAACAUCCUGCAGAUGUUUUCUAUCACAAAUGUUUAAUUUUAUGUUCUUUUGUAAUGUUUUUUUUUUGUACAAGUUUUUGGCAGAAGAAAAGCUAUCUGAAGCCUUAAAGGCCAUGUUUUGUUUUUUUGUUUUUUUUUUUUUUUUGGUUUGUUUUUUUUUUCUAGACAAAUUCGAGAGCUUUGUUACAAUUGUGGAUUUUUAUGCCAAUUUAGUUACUUGACAGUAAGGAUAUGUUGUUCUUGUUGUUUUUCAUUUUUAUAAGAAAAAAACAUGAAGGUAAACAAAAACACUGCUCAGGCUUACGUCACCUAAAAGUGUCUUGCGUGGUACAUUUUACAUCCUUUGGUAGAUGAAGUAUUCUAUGCAAUUCAAGAAGAGCAUGUCUUCUGUUCCCAGAAUUUCAUUGUGACUUAUCUUUUUGUUCUUGUCUUUUCAUUCAGAUUUUUAUGGAACAGUUUUUUUUGUUUUUGUUUUUUCCAUAAGCAGACCAAAAUAGUAGUUUUAGCCCUGUAGACCAUUUAUAUCCAAAUGAAAUAAACCACUGUCCCUGAGCUAUAUAUACAAACAUAGGGGGCCAAUUUCUAUGCUUUUGCAUACAAAUAAGUCAUAAUAAAACCGUUGUUUGAAGGGAAGAGCAUACAUUCCUGCAGCUCACUCUUCUGAUCUCAGACUUGGAGAACAUUAGAGAAUCUUGGAGAAAGUUAGAGAAUGUGGACUUCUGGAGAAUGUUGUUGACAUCAAGAAGGAAAAAUGUUACCAACCUGUUCUAAGGCUACUUCUCAUCGGCCAGUUUAGGUGUAAGAUUUUCUAAGGAUUUGUUUUUUGUUUUUUUGUUGUUGUCUUUAUACAUGUGAAGUGCAGGAAAAAAAAGUGAUGAAGCUUGCAGGGAAGGAGUUUGUUGAGCACCGUCGCUCGGAUCUUUGGUCUGGGUCUUUUUCAGUUUUUAACUGCAGUGUUUGUACUACCACAGUUAGCAUGGAAAUGUCACUGUUUUACAUGCCUUGAUUGUUACAACGUAUAUGAAGAGAAUUGGCUCACACUCAUGCCCAAGACUUGCCAACAUCUGUUUGUCAAAUCAUUGUAUUUAUGAUCAAUUUUACUACAAUAUACCUUUUAUACUGAAACAAUAUUACACUGCUCUGUAGAGUUGGUUUAAUUAUAAUGCCCCUAAUUUGUGAAGUUUUGUCACUUGAUUGAGUGUUAGCAAAUUAACAUGGAAACUGUUCAAACAAAUUUGUUAAAGCUGUGCUUACUUUCUGAAUAUAGUUUCCAAAUGUGUUUUUCAGCCUAUAUUAGAUAUGUAGCAUUUGUACUAGAAUCCCAGUUUUUUGUAGGGUGUGUCUUAACGUUUCAUGGUAAAACAUUUGUGCAGUGAAAUUUAGAACUGGAAUAUUAUGUUUAGGGGUAUGUCCUGUGGUUUUGUAAUAUUCCAAAAGAAGCCCUCUUUUGUUUGCUUUUUGGUGAAUAAAGGUGUUUUGCAUUGAUUACAUGAGCCAUUUAGUCAAAAUACCAUCAGAACAGGAUCUGGAUAUUGGGUAUCAGCACUGCCUGUAACAGUCAAACUGCAGUAAAGAUUUCUGUUCUCGUGCUGUUUACCUUCAACAAAAUGUGUCAAAUCUGCUAACAGUGCCAAGUAGUUGACAGUGUGAGCUAAUACCUUUUUCCCAGGUAAACCUGCAAAACACUUGUGUUCUACAUAGAUGUAAACUAAUUAAGCUAAAGAAAAGGGUCAACGCAAGUUAAAGCUCCCCAAAUGCAACUUGCUCCCUCGUAUCCUUAAACUGGUUCCUCUGUGUUCUUGUUCUGUGACUUGCGUGAGUCAGAAUGUGCUGCAGUACUACUGGGUGGCUAGAGCUUCAGGUUUCAGAGAGACAGGUGCUGCACUCACUGUAACAACAUGCUGAGUUGAAGCAUAGUCCUUUUCUUUCUACGUUUGUGAAAACCCUGGUUCUCUCUCUCACGUCACACCAUCUGCAUCUAGAUGAAGCAUAACUUCUUAAACAGAAUAUGAAGACUGAAACAUUAGUGUAUAGUGUCCAUUUUAAAGAUGACCACUAGGUGUGUUUACAAAGAGUUCUAAUUUUUGUUUUGUUCUUACUAAUUUUGCAUGUCAAAUUUAUUACCCUUCCAAAAAGUGCAUAUGUUUAUAAAUAUGAUAUGUUUACAGAAACAUUACCUUAAUUUUGAUAUACCAUUUAUGUUCUACAUUUCUUACCUUUUAUGAUGUAUUUCUCUGAAAGAAGGUGGACAUGAGCCUGAGAUAAAAACUUGUAUUUGAAACAAAGUUGACUUUUUGAGGGUUUUUUUUUUUUUUUUUAAUUCAUUCUUUCAAUAAAAAAGAUGAGAAGUUACAAAAAUAAAAGGUAUGUUCAUUCA